AUGUUUGUCGAAACAGCCAAAGGGAAACUAGUACAAUUUUCUUGGAAACCUGAUAUGCUCACGUUAGAUGAUAUACGCUUACUAGAACGUUUGGCUGGCCAGAAGGACACUCCUAUACACGCUAUCGUGGUGCACAAGGGGGUGCACACUGUUGGUGAUUGGAUCAGUACGUAUUCUGUCAACAAAUUUCCCGAGUCGCUUUUCCUUGAAGAGAUUCGUGUGAGAGCAGAAAUGCUUGCUGAUAAAAUAGCAACAUUGUUCCCGAAUGCUGCUCUAAUCUGGCGAGAUGCCUUUUACCACCAUAAGAGUCUUGAGUGGGAGGAGAUGAACGUGAAGCUGCGCAAUAUCACAACACCGAUAUUUCGCAAUCGCGGUUUCUCUAUUCUUCCAGGGUAUAACGAGCGAAAAACUUAUUUACACAACAACAUUUCGUGGCCCGGAAAAUUUCAAGCUUUCGUCUUUAGAGUGGCACCUUUUCCGAGUGUACACAUUUGUGUAUCGUUGGCACAGUGUGCCACAACGCACAAUGCCGGUGACCGCCAGCAUCAUGCUAUGAUACCAGAUUUGGACUGGCAACUUGCAUUGAAUGCUUGUGUGCCAGUCAACGUCACAAAUUACCGCUGUGCACCCGGGGUGAGUGGCACUCAUGAUGUGAUCGGAUGGCAUGCCAGCUCGAUACCAGUGGUGACGAAUCCAGUGCACUUCCUGCUUGGGCAAGGCUGCUGUAUGGUCUGGCUUGCUCGUUUGGAUCUAGAUGUAAUAAGAUCAGACUUAUCGAGAAGCCACUUUUGUGACGAUCUUUACCAAAGCGCUCAGGCCUUCUUGCAGACGCAUGACAACUUGUUGAACCAGUGUGGUGUGCCCUCAUCAUCAUCGGUAUCAUUGGAAUCAUUGGCAAAACUUGGGUACAGCCAGGCAAAAUGCUGGUUUAACCAGGCAAUUCCAGGAAUAGCCCCUUUUUGGGUAUUCUCAAGAUGUUUGCAGGGAAUCAUAGCCUUGCUGGGUGGGACCCAUCCUCACUGGUCUCCCAAAGGGGAAGAAAGGCGUAUUUGUGGACCUCGCAUUUUAUCUGCAUUCUAUGCCCAAAAAUAA